AUGUCGACCGAGGUUGUUCACAGGAAGCUUAAUAAGUACGAGUGGGUGGAAGCCGCUCCGGGGAAGGGCGCAAGUCCCAGACAAAACGGCAUGAUCAAGGAACUUUUGGGUUCCGCUGCUGCGUGCACUGAGAAAAAAUUCUACCUUUGUGGGGGUUUUGACCUUAAGGCCAGACGAAGUGUUUCGCAGGUUGUUGAGAUGGAUGUCGCUACAAAGCAGUGGUCUUGUGGCGUUCCUUUACCCGAAAGGGUGCGUGACGCAGCGGCCGUUGCGUUUGGGGACUGUUGUCUUGUUUUUGGUGGAUGGAAUGACGAAACAUAUACUGACAACCUGUGGUUUUUUGCACCCAAACCUUCAGAUCCUGCGGUAACCCCUCCUCCGGGGAGCAAGGAGCCGGUUAGUUGUGCUUGGUCGUUAAUACCUCCUGUCGGUGCAGCUCCUUCGGCACGCACUUCACAUAACAUGGUGUUGGGUAUGCUUAGUGGAAGUGACGAUGCUGCACCCACCUCCGUUGUUUAUUUGUUUGGGGGUUUUGAUGGCGCAAAGCGACUAAAUGAUGUUUGGCGGCUGCGGAUUGGCCCACUGAUGGAAAAGAAUGAGGCGGAAUGGGAAAUAGUGGAGACCAAGGUUGGAGUGCCACCGGUACCACGUGAUGCUGCCGCGGUCGCUUUCGAUGCAGCCGGUGAGCGUUUGAUUGUGUUUGGUGGAUUCGCUUCAUUCCUGCAGAACGAUUUGUAUAUUUUUACUCUGCGGGGAGGUGUAAAUACAUGGACCUCCCAAGCGUGCCUAUCUGUCCCAACGCGGCGCCAGGGCUGUGUGGCUGCGGUGUCAGGUGGAUAUUUCGUCGUGUGCCUUGGGGGAGAUGAGCGUGGCCCGCUUCCACAGGUUCUUCAGUUGUCGCUGGCCGAUUUCAGGUGGGCGCAACUGUCGCUAGAGCGUGAGGAUCUCUCUGGCCGUGGUGGCGCAGUGGGGUGUGUAAGUGAGAAGGGGCGGCGCAUUAUGCUCUUUGGUGGCGGCAUUCCACCGAAGUUGAACACAUCGCUUCUGGAGCUGGAGCUUGAAAAGCCGGAUGCGGGGGGUUCCCGAAAGAAAGGUGGAUAG